AUUUUACAAACCCCCGAUCCUGAGCUCGUGAGUUUGGGGGGCAGAAUUCACAGACCAGCUCUUAUCGGACCUCUUCUGCCUCCACAACGCACCGACUUUUAUUUAUUUCUCACUCAUAGCAACAAGACAGCCAAGCUACAACCAUGUCCAAGCCCAUUGCUCUUCUCUCUGUGUACGACAAGACCGGCCUUCUUGAUCUGGCCAAGGAGCUGAGCUCGCUUGGUAUCGAGCUGGUCGCCUCGGGUGGCACGUCCAAGCAGAUCCGCGAGGCCGGACUCCCGGUCAAGGAUGUCUCGGACAUCACCAAGGCCCCCGAGAUGCUCGGUGGGCGUGUCAAGACGCUGCAUCCGGCUGUGCACGGCGGUAUUCUUGCGCGGGACAUUGCCAGCGACGAGGCGGAUCUGGCGGCUCAGGCGAUCAGCAAGAUCACCUAUGUAUUCUGCAACCUGUACCCAUUCAAGGACACUGUGGCUCGCGAGGGCGUGACCAUCCCGGAGGCGGUUGAGGAGAUCGACAUUGGCGGUGUGACUCUGCUGCGUGCAGCGGCCAAGAACCACGCGCGCGUCAGCAUCGUGUGCGACCCGACCGACUACCCGCAGCUGCUGAAGGAGAUCAAGGCUGGCGGCGUCACUGAGGCUACGCGCCAGCGCUUUGCGCUCAAGGCAUUUAACCACACAGCCGACUACGACACGGCCAUCUCCGACUACUUCCGUCAGCAGUACUCGCAGGGUGCGUCGCAGCUGCCGCUGCGCUAUGGUGCCAACCCGCACCAGAAGCCGGCCCAGGUGUUUGUCACCGAAGGCGAGCUGCCGAUCAAGGUGCUAAACGGCUCGCCGGGCUACAUCAACCUGCUGGAUGCGCUCAACUCGUGGCCGCUGGUCAAGGAGCUGAAGCAGGCGCUGGGUCUGCCGGCUGCUGCGUCGUUCAAGCACGUGUCGCCCGCUGGCGCUGCCGUUGGCGUGCCGCUGUCGGAGGUCGAGAAGCAGGUGUACAUGGUCGAGAACAUCGAUCUGACGCCCCUGGCCACUGCCUACGCGCGUGCCCGCGGUGCCGACCGCAUGUCGUCGUUUGGCGACUGGGCGGCGCUCAGCGACGUGUGCGAUGUGGCCACGGCCAAGAUCAUCUCCCGUGAGGUUUCCGAUGGUGUGAUUGCGCCGGGCUACGAGCCCGAGGCGCUGGCCAUCCUGCAGAAGAAGAAGGGCGGCAAGUACUGCGUGCUGCAGAUGGAUCCGGCGUACGAGCCGUCGGAGCUCGAGACCCGCCAGGUGUAUGGUCUAUCACUCCCUGAGCUGUUUGCCAACGUCGUCAGCAAGAACAAGGACCUGACUGAGGCUGCCAAGCGCGAUCUGGCUGUGGCCACGAUUGCCCUCAAGUACACGCAAUCCAACUCGGUCUGCUAUGCCAAGAACGGCAUGGUGGUCGGUCUGGGCGCGGGCCAACAGUCGCGCAUCCACUGCACGCGCCUGGCAGGCGACAAGGCUGAUAACUGGUGGCUGCGCCAUCACCCGAAGGUGUUGGGCAUGCAGUUUGCGGCCUCGGCCAAGCGCGCCGACAAGUCCAACGCCAUCGAUCUGUACGUGACCAACCAGACCGGCGAGGGCGUCGAGCUGGAGCAGUGGGAGGCCAACUUUGCCCGUGUGCCCGAGCUGCUGACUGCCGAGGAGCGCAAGGAGCACAUGCAGAAGCUGGGCGGCGUCGUUGUGUCGUCGGAUGCCUUCUUCCCGUUCUCGGACAACAUCCACCGCGCCCACCGCUCGGGCGUCGACUAUGUUGCUGCACCGUCGGGCAGUGUCAUGGACAACGUGGUCAUCGAUACUGCCGAUGCCUACAACAUGGUCCUGGCGCACACCAACCUGCGCCUGUUCCACCACUAAGUUUCUAUAUCCAGAGCAUUUCAUAAUCAACAAACAGGCUUUCGCAUGUAUAUAUUGCCGCUGGAAAAACCAUGGCUCCAGGUUUUAUCCGCUCUACAGGCUCCGCAUACGCGGAAUUUUCGUCCAAAUAUCCUAGGGCUGUGGGCGGCCAGUUAGCUCCUUACACUAAGAGGGAUUUUAUUUUUGCCAGGCGCGGCAAUUUGCCUGCUACCCGUUCGCCACCGCGCUAGGCCGCGAGCCAUGGAUCAAAAAUCGACGAGGCAGCUGGUGUGGCGAAUAUAAUGUGCUGGCCACAGCCCAGCUUUUUUCGGCAGCAGAC